AUGGCCGAACAACAAAUCCAAGAGGAGACGAGGGGUGGCGGUGGAGAUGAUUGUGGGGCUGCUACUACAAACACUUGUCAUCGUCUCGACAACCCCAAUAAUAACAAUAACAACAACAAUAACAAUAAUGUAUUCGACAUGUUGAAUUCGAGUAAGAGUAGUAGUGAUGGAAUUGCAUCACCAUCGUCACCAAUCCUAUCGUUUUCAACGAUAAGUAUAGUAGAUAAUAAUAAUAAUAAUAAUAAUCAUUGUAAUAAUAGUAAUAGUAAUAGUAAUAGUAGUAGUUUUACAAGUCUUAUUACAAGUAGCACUGAAUCAAUGGUACUUGAUAGUAAUAAUAUUGCACCAACACCAAUGUUACCUGUGAGAGGACAUCUCCUUUACAAAGCUAAUAGAAUCAGACGAAUGACUUCAACAUUACCAUCGGGGCAUCGAUCGAGUACAUGGAAUGGAUUCAAUCAUCUAAAGACACAACCAACACCUAAACCCAAUCACAAGGAAAAGCGUACCAAUAUCCUCAAAGAAAUAUUGUCUACCGAACAAGCCUAUGUAUCAUUUCUCACUGUACUUUUAGAUGUUUAUCUUGCCAAAAUGAGGGAAAAGGAAGUAUUGGCACCGGAUGACAUCACAACCAUCUUUUCAAAUAUCGAUGCCAUCAAAUCUGCAAAUGAUGAAAUACUUGCAAGAUUAAAAGAAAGAAUUGAAGUAUUAAAUAAUCCAUCACUAAAUAAUAAUAAUAAUAACAUUCAGAAAAAUCAAGAUCUUGAAGAGGUGGAACAACAACAACAAGAAGAAGGGGAAAACAAAAAUAAUCAAAAUAAUAAUAAUAAUAAUAAUGUACAGCAAACAACUACUACAACAACAACAACAACAACAAAAGAAAAAGGGGAAGAAGAAGAGGAAUUAGAACAAGUAGUACAAAUAUCAGAUAUAUUUAUAGAAUUGGGACCAUUUUUAAAGAUUUAUUCUAUAUUUGUUCACAAUUAUUAUAAAAAUGCAAUGAAGAUGAUUAAAGAUGCAUCUAAAAGUAAAAAGUUUAAAGCUUAUCAUAAUGAAUGUAAAUAUACACCUUUUGCAAGAAAAUUGGAAUUAAAUGAUUUGAUGAUUAUGCCAAUUCAAAGAUUACCAAGAUAUAUUUUAUUGUUGGAAGAGUUGAUUCAAUACACACCGAUUAAAACGUUGAAUAAUGAAAAAGAAAAACUUCAAGAGGCAAAGAGUAUAAUGAAAGAAGUAGUAUCCUAUGUCAACCAAUCUACUCAUCAAGACACUCAAGAUCCACAACAACUACUGGCUAUCAUUCAACAACAACUUGGUCCAAAAGCAGGCCACCUCAUUCAACCACACAGAAGAUUGGUCAAAUUUGGUGAAUUGGAUAGACUUGUGAUCAACGCAGAUGGUGCUCCUAAAAAGAGAAAGAUUGGUGUUUAUCUAUUCAAUGAUAUUGUCAUUUAUGCAUUAAACAAAAAGUUUUGGAGACAAUUAUCUUUAUCUGAAGUUUGGAUUAGAUCAAGAAAUAUUGAAGAAUGUGAAACAUUUGAAAUUUAUAGUCAAGAUUUAAGUUGUAUUUUCUUAAAUACUGAUACCGAUUCUUUGGAUUGGCCAUUAUUAAUUCAAGAUACUAUUAAUUCAUUUUUAGAAAAUGAUAAUGAUGCAAUGGAAAAAAGAAAAAAGAUUUUAGAAGAUUUACAAGAUAGAUCAGAUAUUACAUUUGAAGAGAAACAAUUCUUUUUUGAAUCAGUUUCAAAUAUUAAUAGUAAUGGUAAAGGAGGAGAUGAUAAAAAUUCAAAUAGUAUCAUUGAAAAGGGUAUUGUCAGUGAUAGAAAGAAGAAAUUGGAACAUUUGUUAUUAGAGAGAAGAAAUAUAUUGUCAGAUAAUGAAGAUAUGAUGAUGAUGGAAGAUCACUCUUCUCUAUCAGAUAUUGAUAAUAGACCAUCAUCACCAUUAUCAUCACCAACUAUGGGUGGCAGCCCAAUCCCAAAGAAAAGUGGUGAAUCUAAAAAAUCAAAAAAGAAACGUGAAAAGCAAAGUAUUAAUAAUAAUAAUAAUAAUAAUAAUGGAGACAGUGGUUCAUCAUCAAGUCCUAAAACAUCAAGAAAACAUCCAUCUACCAGUUAUUUAAUUCGAACGACAUCUACUAAAAUGUUGUUUACCGCUCCAAGUAAUUCAAAACGUUUGUUACAUAUUGUAUUGAUGAAAAAUAAUAUUACAAAAGAAGGUUAUCUUACCAAAGUUGGUGGUGUAGUUAAAAAUUGGAAACGUAGAUGGUUCAUUAUGGAAAAUGGUUAUCUAUUUUAUUUAAAGGAUAGAAACGAUUCACAACAACUUGGUACAAUUGCAUUGAUUGGAUCAACUAUUGAAAGUAUUUCGAUAGAAGGUAAAUCAUUUAGUAUUGUAACAAAACAUAGAACAUUUAUGUUGAUGGGAGAUACAGAGGAAGAGAUUAGAGAGUGGACAAGUGUUAUACAACAAUUCUACAGUGAACGACAAUCAACUAUACUAAGAUAUGCCAAUCAAUUGACAACAUCGGUAAAGGAUAUUGUUACUGGUACUAGUCCUGGACAAGACGGAUGGCGAUCGGCUAGUCCACUUUCAAGAUCCACUUCAGCCAUCUCGCUGCACAGUUCAAUGGAUGAACAGGUACAGAGACGGUUGGCUAGUUUCAGAUCAUCUAAAAAUUCAAAUAGCGAUAUCAACCGAUCAACAGACAGCUUUGGAUCGGAAAUGAGUACUUCUCCACCAUCACCAAAGUGGAGAAUGACAACUGGUCACAUUCUAUCAAACCGUAAAGAGUUUAUUGGUAAUCAUCAUAUCGAUGAAGAAACUGAUGAUGAUGAUGAAGAUGACGAAGAUGACUCUUAUGACGACGAACUUUAUCAUCAAAAUCUUGGAGAUGAUGAUGAUGAUGAGGAUGAUGAUGAAGAUGAAGACGAUGAGGAAUUUAGUGAUUCAUCAGAUGAUUCAGAUUUUUAA